AAAAGAGGCUGCCGUCGCCGGGCUCCCGCUCCAUUCCGCAGGGGCUGCGGCGCCCGCCGAGGCGCCCGGCCGCCUUCCGCAGAGACAAAAAGUCAGCCUUUGAAGAGGACAUGUGAUUGGAAGUUGUCUAAUUGUUGAAGUGUUGGGAACUCCAGUCUCUAAAGUCUUAGAAAAAUAACCAAGGAUUUAUACUUUGUCAAGGUGAACCAGAGUUCUUCAUUAUGUCUGAUGGAGACUAUGAUUAUCUCAUCAAGUUUUUAGCUUUGGGAGACUCUGGAGUAGGGAAGACCAGUGUACUUUACCAGUACACAGAUGGUAAAUUCAACUCCAAAUUUAUCACAACAGUGGGCAUUGAUUUCAGGGAAAAGAGAGUGGUGUACAGAGCCAAUGGGCCAGAUGGAGCCGUUGGCAGAGGCCAGAGAAUCCACCUGCAGUUAUGGGACACAGCAGGGCAGGAGAGGUUUCGGAGCCUGACAACAGCAUUCUUCAGAGAUGCUAUGGGGUUUCUUCUGCUUUUUGAUCUGACAAAUGAACAAAGUUUCCUUAAUGUCAGGAACUGGAUAAGCCAGCUACAAAUGCAUGCAUAUUGCGAAAACCCAGAUAUAGUAUUAUGUGGAAAUAAGAGUGACCUGGAAGACCAGAGAGCAGUGAAAGAGGAGGAAGCCAGAGGACUUGCCGAGAAAUAUGGCAUCCCCUACUUUGAAACUAGCGCUGCCAAUGGGACAAAUAUAAGCGAAGCCAUUGAGACACUCCUGGACCUGAUAAUGAAGCGAAUGGAGCGCUGUGUGGACAAGUCCUGGAUCCCUGAAGGAGUGGUGCGGCCCAGUGGCCACGCCUCUACAGAGCAGUUAACUGAAGGAAAGCCCAAGGGGACAUGUGGCUGUUGAGAAGUCAAGUGAGCUACACACUCAUUUAAGUGGCUGGUGUCUGUAAUCUUCUCUAUGGGUGAUACAUGGCACAGAGAGAGAUUAGCCGGCAUUGUGUACACACUCCUUCUCACCAUCCCAAUUAGACCAAUCAAUAAAGCAUCCAGUUUUAAAAUCAAUUUGCUGCAGCCUUUUAAAUAUUUCUUUAAAGAUUCAGCCUGAGAGAAGAAAUAUUGCACAUAGCCAAACGUGCCUUAUAAAACCUUAGCCAAUGGUGGUAGACCAUUCAAGGAUUCAGGAUUUCGUAGCCACAGAAGAGUGCAUUUAUUAGGAAGAAUGACUGAAGAUGUCAUCACCUGCCUUAACAUAGAUUGGCCCAGCGUCUCACAUUCGAGAUCUUAGAUGCAGUCAUAAAACUAUCAGUCUUUAACCCAAAUGAAAAUAUCUUACUUGUACUGUAGAUGACUUUCUAAAAUGCCAUCUAAACCACUUGAGUAUUAAACAAGAAUACACAUAAACAUUGGUUCAGGGUCCUCAAAUAUUAAUCUAUGUAAGCAUUCUCUUUAAAAUGAAUAUAGACAAAUUAUCGCCUUAUCUAUAGACCCUGGAUAAAGUGUAUGUACUCACUGUGCCCCUUGUUUGUGGGAAAGGGAUUGGGGGUGAGCGCAGGAGCAACUGAAGUGGGGCUUCCUUCCUAGUGGGGCUGCCGUAUUCCCCUUGCUCUGGAGGUUUGAUUGAAGGGUCAGGGAACUAGAUUUUCAUGGCUUUCUAGUUCACUGUGAUCUUUGCAUUUAUAUUUGGCCUACACGCUGGCCACAUCUGAACAUAGCUGGUGCUUAUGCUGAGGUUACUUGUAAUACGUAAAUAUUUAGCUUCUUUUUCUACAUAUUUAUAGUGUUGGUCUGAAGUUCUUCAGGCUUUACUUUCAAAUAGCAGGUGAACUGCUCAUCUUCUGUCUUCACCAUCAGGCUGCCCUGCAUUGUUGAUAUUUGGAACUUGUUUUAUUUUUACAUUGGUGGAACUGGAGGAAUUAGUUAUUCUGUAAAAUGUCUGUUUGCUAUUUAGUGGAAGAUAGAUGUUCGUAUGUAAGCAGUUAACAACUGUACACUAGCUCAAUAUAAGAAAAACAAAGUGUUCUAUAGUCUGCCUUUUUCAUUGAGAUCAUGGGCACCUGUACUUGCUGGGUCUUGCCAAGGUCAUGUAUUCUUCUAUGUUGCCAAAGUGUCUUCAUGUCAAAUUAACAGUGGUUUUCAGAUACGCUUCAUGGCACUUUAUUAAGGUCAGAGGGGAAAAUUCUUAUUCAUUAAAGUGGUUUCAAUAGAGUAAAAUUUCCCAAAAGCUUAAUAGCUAUUUAGGAAGAAAUACAUUAUAAUUUAAAUAAAGAAUAAAAAUAAAUGCAUUUUGUAGUGGCAAAUGUUUGGCAGAAGUGUAAUCACAAAAAAUACAACUUUUAUGGAAAAUAAUUGCUAUUACAUGAUGAUUUUCAAAUGGCUUUUUGUUGAGUACCUAUCCUGUGUUUUUUUUGCCACUGCCUUUCCACAACUCGCUUAAAAAAACUUAGCUUUGGUUACUAAGAUGUUAUGUAUUUCUAUCCUUAAAAUGAGAACUUCUUUUGAAUCCUAAAGAGGUCAUUGUGUCCUUUGCCUUUGGAUUGUAUAUUCUAGUGAGGAAAAGAUUCACACUCUUCCAGCGCAGAGUCAUAGUCACAAGUGUUGCCCUCUCAAGUUGCCGUAAGAUGUCAGUGGAGUAAAUCAUAUUUUUACAUCUGCAUAUCAGGGAACAUUUUAUAUGGUGUAUUUGUGUAGUUAAAAAGAAGACAAUUUUGUAUGUUUCCAUUUUUCAAGAACCAAAUGAGCAAUUAUUAGCUACAGAUCCCAUUGGCCUUAAAUGUAAUAUAUGAUUAAAUGUGUAUACACGAUAUAGUGCACAUACACGAAACCAUCUUGAAUUAUUGAAAUAAAUAACCUGUAUUCUCUUUGGAAAUCCUUUGUUUAAAUUUGUUAUUGAAGUGCCAUAUUUUUGUGAGCCAAUGUAUUUUUCUAUUUAUAAGUCUGUGUGAAAAUUAAGUGUAUCUCCAGUGAAUGUUGUGUGAAUUGAACUUAUAAUAAAAUAGUGGUCUAGUCUCUCAA